CUAGUUGUCCAUAUUUAUUGAUUGGCAGAAGAAUUAAUUUUUAAAGACUUACAACCUUGACUAAUGCAAGGUAAGGUGUAUAUAAAUCGUAGUUUGCAUGUUCAAAUAAUCAAUCUCAAGUCUUCUGUCAAAUUCAUUCAUUCAUACGUACUAAUCGCUCGCUGACGCAGAGGUAUUGUUAGUUGCACGAAAUCCUCUGUUUUUCUAUUCAUGGCGUAAAGGAAUUUGUAGGGUUAUAAUCAUGAAUGUUGUCCCUGUGCAGAUGGCGCAAAUAGAUGGACAUUUAGCCCCAACCUUAACCCCUGAUCCGCAGGAUAUCAGUAUUUCGGUUGGUUCAAAUCAUCCUACAAAACCUAUUCCAGAUCUACUCACCGGAACCAGAAAAGAUUAUAUUGCAAUCGCUGUCCCUCUAUAUGAAGCAUCAAUCAGAGGUGAUUGGAAAGCUGCUAAAAAGAUUCUUGAUGAAAGGCCAGAGUUGGUUAGGUAUAGUAUCACUGCAAAUAAUGAAACAGCACUUCAUGUUGCUGCAUCUGCAAUAAGCACCAAAAAGGUUGAAGAAUUUGUGGAAAAUCUGAUCACUAAGAUGAAAAAGGAGGACCUGGAACUUAAAAAUAGCAGUUCCAACACUGCCCUGUGUUUAGCUGCUGCAGCUGGCAACGUUAAAAUAGUUGAGAUUAUGGUUAAAAGCAACAGGGCUUUGGUGGCAAUCACUGGUAGUAGAGGAAUGACACCACUGUAUAUGGCAGCCUUGUUUGGCCAUUAUGAGAUGGUGAAGUGUUUGUAUGGAUAUUCCCAGAAGUUGCGUGACGAUUGCUGGACAGAUGAGACCCGUAGUUGGCUUCUUCUCAAAUGUGUGGAGACUGAUAUGUUUGAUAUCGCAUUGGAUAUUGUGAAAGAGCACUCAAAACUUGCUUCUAGUGGGAGUGCACUUGGAGCUUUGGCUCCAAAGACAAAUGUAUUUGCUGAAACAGAAUCUAAUAUCAUCAGGAAAACUAUCGAGUGGGUUUGGACUUGCAUUCAUCCAAAGGUGGGACCUUCUAAAACGGAAAGUAAAGCUAAUGCAUUGGAACUACUAAAUAUUAUUUGGGGAGCAAUUGCGGAGAAGCCUACGAAUGAAAUUGAUAACAUAAUCAGAGGGCACCCUGAUCCCGUUAAGAAAGAUGACAAGCCAGCUUCUGACACAGAAAAAACUCUACAUCUACUACAAAAAAUUUCACAAAAUACUUCCACAAAGCACGAUGGAAGUGGGAUCAUAAACAAAGAGCAUGCUGCUAUAACUACAAACAAUACGAAUGUAGCCUUGCAGGAAAAUGCAAGACCAAAGUACUCUUCCCGAAUACUGUUUAUUGCUGCUGAAAUGGGGAAUACUAGAUUUGUUAUUGAGCUCAUCCGUCUAUAUCCUGAUAUAAUAUGGAAACUAAAUGAUGACAAUCAAAGCAUAUUUCACACUGCUGUCAAACAUCGUCAUGAGGGUAUCUACAACUUAUUGUACGAGAUAGGCUCAAUGAAGGAUCUCAUAACUCCCCUUAAAGAUACAAAUGAGAACAACAUGUUGCACCUAGUUGGGAAGAGUGCUAAGAAAAAGCGACUUGAGGAUGUGUCUGGAGUUGCUUUUCAAAUGCAACGAGAACUAUUAUGGUUCAAGGAAGUGGAGGAGAUGAUCCCUCCUUCUUAUCGGGAACGUAGGAACAAAGAUGGAUUAACACCACACGAGUUAUUCACCAAGGAACACAAAGAUUUAGUCAAACAAGCUUUCACAGUUCCAGGUGGCUAUGAUCAGAAUGAUGGCAUCCCCAUUUUUUCUAAAAAUUUACCCUUCAUCACUUUCGCAGUGGCAGAUGCCAUUUCUUUGUUCUCUUCAUCAGCUUCGAUCCUCAUGUUCUUAUCCAUACUCACAUCACGUUAUGCCGAACGUGAUUUCCAGGAGUCAUUACCCAAAAAGCUGAUGUUAGGUCUAGCAACACUUUUCCUCUCCAUAACAACCAUGAUGAUUGCUUUUAGUGUUAGCUUCUUCGUGCUAUACCACAACAAACUGAAAUGGAUACCGAUCCUUAUCGCGUUUUUUUCUGCCUUGCCAGUCAUCCUAUAUGUUUCGCUUCAGUUUUCUCUGUUAAAAGACGUCUUUUUCUCAACAUAUGCUUCUAGGUACCUCUUCCGGCCCAAGAAACAUAUUCUUUACUAUGAAAACUAA